UGAUUUAAAUAUUUUUACAUCCAUGGGCAGGUGCUGCUCUGGUAGUCAGUAGCUCAGGAUUCUGUUGUGGGGCCUGUGGAGGGUUAUGUGGGCUGUUGUACUCCACAUCUUGUUGGAAUGGAUGGUUUCACAUGAUCCUCAGCCUGGAAAAAGAAAACAGGAGCAAGCAAAUCUUGUUAUUAUUUCACAUGGAGUGUGAUGGAGAGUGUACUUCCCAAGGGGCUGUGGGAAGGCAGGUGGAAACAGUAACAUUUUAAUGUGCUUUUGAUGGGCACGAGAUGCUUACCAGCACAGCUGUCCCCUGACCCGCACUCAAUAGCCAUGGCUACUCUGUUUAAAGAAAGAGAGGAGAAGCAAGUCUUCCAUCAUGUGGUUCCAGUUUUGGACACCGUGGUGUCCAGAUGGCACCGAGACAGUGGCUGAGAUGGAAGUGGAACAGGUAACCUCGGGCGGAAACCACCUCGGAGGUCUGUUGCCCUUCCUUUAUGCUGGGUCCUAUCCCAAACUCAGGAAACUCCUGUAAGAAACUCCCAUCUCGUUUUGGUCUUUCACUGCCUCCUGGGUGACUGUAGGGUGAAACCUCUCUUGUGCUUUUCAUAAUUUGCAGGCACACAUCCACUUAAUGGAUGGGAAGGUGGCCAGCCCUGCAGUAAGAGAGUCUAGUCAUGGGUCUUCCCUGACAAGGAGUCCUUACAUGCCCUCCUUCUGUAACAGAAGAAAGCUUUUGGCCACCAUGUGUUUAACAAACCCAGAACCAUAUUGAUGAGUGUGCUUUGCCUUGAGUGCUUCCUUCUGGAGGGCCUCCAGUGUGCCAAGGCAGCUCAUGAUCUGCAGUUGGUUGCAGAUAAGCACACAAGCCUUGGCUGUAAAAUGAAGCUGUUGGCUUCUGAUUGCGUAUGCUAGUUGUGCCAUGUGGGGACUGUAACAUGCUAUCUGCAACGUGCUGACAGUCUGAGCCAGGCUUGGGUGCUUGGAUAAUUCAUGUAUAGAAAAUCCAGGCUGACUAUAGAAAUGUUAACACUAGUUGAGUUGGAGGUUUGGUACCAUGUGUUAUUUUUAUACUGAUUUGAACAUACAUGUGUGUGUUGAUAUCACAGAAUCACAGAGUCACAGAAUCUUUAGGGUUGGAAAGAGCCUCGAGAGAUAAUCUAGUUGAACACCCUUGCCAAAGCAGGACCAUAAAGAAUAGGUCACACAGGAACUUGUCCAAGAGGGUUUGAAUGUCUCCAGAGGAGACUCCACACUCCAUCUAAGUAGCCUGUUCCUUGUCCUUGAAAAACUUUCAGUAACUAUAGUUAACUUAAGGAAACCAACAUACUGGUUAUCACACAAAACAUCAUUGACUGUAAUGAGCAGUAGCUUUUUCAGCUCUUUUCACAACUGUUUUUCCACAGGAAUUUCAUCAGAAUUAACGCAUCCACUCUCCAUCUCCACUCUCACACUCUUCCACAAAGAAAUUUCUUUACUGAGAGCAUUUACAGAAUGAACUAACCCUCUUCUUUAUUUGUCCCUAUCAACUUCUGUCCCUUUUUCUCCCCUCUAAAAAAUUUUAAAAAGCCCUGAACUUAGAUUCUACUCUCUAUUUCUAUAUAUGUGUAUAUAUAUAUAUGUUGCAGGUACACAGUUAUUUUAGUUAACAAUUUAUCAUCACAAUUAGUCAAGCACUUGUUAAGCACUUGUUAAUCACCUAGUAAUGGCUGAAUCAAUUAGCUAAGCACUUGCAAAUAACUCAAACACCUAUUGAUUAGGUAGGUAUUCAUUUGAAUCACAUAAGGAUCAAACUGCAAGAGUUACAUACCACACCUGAUAGAGACCUGUUACCUUAGCUACGAGAUCCUGGUGAAUGUAUUCAUUAGGUUACCUUGGCUGUUACCUUAGUUGUUACUAAAACAAAGGGACUGAUAUCUUUUUUUGACCAAUCACUGAGCUUGGAAAUUUUGUGUUUGUUGGGAACCAAUCAAGGUGAAGGGCUAAAUUGAUAGAUGGACAUUUGAUGCAUGCUUGUGUUGGCAAAUGUGAUUCUUUUGUUUGAGCUGUAUAAAAACCCUGAGAAUGGUAACUAACAACGAAGCACGUACGGAGGAGCUAUCCCCCGUGUUUUCCCAGCGUUGCAUAAUAAAGAAGUGCCUGGCUAAUCUGCAUUCCUGUGUAGGUAAGUUUUUCGCGGUUUCGGAUCCGUCAACAGAUACACCAUUUUUUUAAAGAGGUAUCUUCUUAAAAGUGCUUCUAACUGCAGGCUGCUGUGUUUUAAGAUUUUGGCUAAUUUGUAAAAUUUAUAGGUAGAGUCAGCCAAAAGGUUAUAGUGAAAAACUGGGCAUUUCCUACUCUGGUUCUGUGGUUAUUAUUUUCUGUUUUUCUGAAGAAAAUAAGUUUGAGUGCCUUAUGUGAAUGCCUUAUGGGACAGUCCUGUGAGCCCAACAGUGACGUUUCACUUUCUACAUAAGACUGGGUCAAAGUUCCCAUAAACCAGAGAACAGAGACCCUUUAUGGUUGAUUGUGUGCAAAUCAGAUAAAAAUCAUCCUUGAAAACAUCACCCUGUCACUUAGACCAGCCUUCCCAGUGUAACAGUUUAUCAGGAAACAUGCAUUUUCUCAUCCCAAAUACACACACAACGUGACCUGUGGCUCUGAGCAGGGUUUCAAUCCAGUGUGUUGCUUGGCAAAGGCAGUGGUGGCACAGGCUCACAGGGCAGAAGGAACCGGAACCUCUCUUAUUCUGUUAUCAGCCCAGCUUCAGCUUGUCCCUGCUCCUUAUCAGCCUGAGCAGAGCUGGCUCCUGCCGUGCUAAGCCUCCACAUGUCCUGCCUCUGAUGCUAUAGGGGCUGGCCCUGUGGCCUCCAGUUUGCACGUAAUAAGAGGCCAUGAUGCACGCCCUAGCAUAUGUGAACGAGGCAGGACGGUUGCAAUAGGCACAGUGACGAGGGGCAAUGCUAGACCUCAUUAUUCUGAGCCUCCAUUUCUUUCUCUGCUUUCUCAUCUCCAUUGCGAUCUGGCAUGGACCGAAGGAUGUGGAUUUGCAAAGCUCCGGCACAGGAACAGCUGAAAUGGAGCCAGAUGGUCUUAUAUUACUUGGCAAAGAGGAUGACAUAAAGAAGUCCCAAAGAAUAACAGCCAAAGUCAAUGGCAGAGAAGUUGUUGUUUUCUACCACAAAGGGAAAUUUCAUGCUAUGGACUCUCGCUGCUAUCAUGAAGGUGGCCCUUUGUGUCUUGGAGAAAUAGAGGAUAUUGAUGGUCAAGCAUGUAUUGUUUGUCCUUGGCAUAAGUAUGUAAUUACUUUGGAAACAGGAGAAGGAUUAUAUGAAGGAAUAAACCCUUUGGAGCCAUCACCAACACCAAAGUGGCAAUCAAAAGGAGUCAAACAAAGGAUCCAUAAAGUCAUAAUAGUUAAUGGAAACGUUUAUGCGAGUCCUCCAGAUUUGUCUGUAAGCUUUGACUCUGAUUAUUUUGCUGAGAAGUAUAAAAAAGGUGGUGAUUUAGCUAUCAAAAAACAAAGUGACUCACAAGCAGCAAAGUAAGUCACAGCCAGGGAGCAGAAUCAUGGUGAAUGCCCCAGUGAAGAACCAUUGUUGUGAAAUGCAAAUAUACUGUGGCCACAAAGAUUGCCUCCAGAAUUAAAUUCUAGUGUUAUGUUAAGGAAUUGAAACAUAUAGAAUGGGGUAAGAUAAGAAUCUCUUGUCAGAAAUGUGAUUGAUCUUGUGCCAAUGAUUUUUUUUUGCACUUGCAUUUGGAAAAGGCGUAUUUACAGCAGAAUGCUUCAUCAUAUUUGAUAUUUUAGAAAUCCUAUUUUGCGAGAAUUGUUUUAAUUUUUAUGAGAGAAUAUGUUCUGUUAUUGCCUAUAAAACACAUUUACUUAAAGAGUCAGAUAUAAAAGGUUAUGUUUAUAUACUUAACAGUUUAAACUUAUAAUGUCUUCUGUAUAAAUGACGUGGAAAUUUAAAACUUUUUAGAUACAUGAGUAAUCUCUGGAUGUUUAUUAAGUGCCACAAAGAGAAGCACAAAACCUGAGCACAUUUUAGUGAGCUCUUUUAUGCCUAUUUGCAUAUUACUACUGUGAGUCCUUAGAGUAUUUUCUAUCUCCUUAUUGAACUCCUUUCAGUAAUUUAUCAAAUAAUAUGACAAUAAUUUUUCAUCUAUGGCUUGUUCUUCCUGAUUCUAUUGGAUAAGGAGGAAGUUUUUGGGGAUAAAGACCUGAUACAUAAUGUAGUGGCUCUUGUUGUUUUUUGUUUGUUGUAAAUACAUUUUUAUACAUUCCUUUGAAAA